CAAUAUAUUUAGUAUUCACAAAUACAAGUACCGUUUCUUUAUUUGUUUGUAAGAGAUGGCAAACUUGCACAUGAAAUUUUCUCUAAUAAUAUGGUUGAUGGGAGUUUCUCUCUUAGUAUCGCUCAAUGAUAGUGGAUUGAGCACAGCAAGCCCUAAUGGAAACCAUGAAAGUUCUCUGCAAACCAAUGAUGAUGUUCAUCAUGUUGCCAGAAAAGUUUCAAAUGAUCCAAAUCUGUUGUCACAUUACAAUAAGCAAACUGAAAGCUUAUAUCAUAUUCAAAGAGAAAGUCCAGAUGGUCCAGAUCCACGUCAUCAUGGCGGGUUUAUACAAUCCAAAAAUGUUGAUCAGAAAGUUUCAAAUGAUCCAAAUCUGUUGUCACAUUACAAUAAGCAAACUGAAAGCUUAUAUCAUAUUCAAAGAGAAAGUUCAGAUGGUCCAGAUCCACGUCAUCAUGGUGGGUUUAUACAAUCCAAAAAUGUUGAUCAGAAAAUUUUAAAUGAUCCAAAUUCUGUAUCGGAUUACUACAAGCAAACUGAAAGCUUAUAUCAUAUUCAAAGAGAAAGUUCAGAUGGUCCAGAUCCACGUCAUCAUGGUGGGUUUAUACAAUCCAAAAAUGUUGAUCAGAAAAUUUUAAAUGAUCCAAAUUCUGUAUCGGAUUACUACAAGCAAACUGAAAGCUUAUAUCAUAUUCAAAGAGAAAGUCCAGCUGGUCCAGAUCCACGUCACCAUGGCGGAUUUAUACAAUCCAAAAAUGUUGAUAAAAAAAUUUUAAAUGAUCUAAAUCCAGGGUCGCAUUACUAUAAGCAAACUGAAAGCUUAUAUCAUAUUCAAAGAGAAAGUCCAGCUGGUCCAGAUCCACGUCACCAUGGCGGAUUUAUACAAUCCAAAAAUGUUGAUAAAAAAAUUUUAAAUGAUCCAAAUUCUGUAUCGGAUUACUACAAGCAAACUGAAAGCUUAUAUCAUAUUCAAAGAGAAAGUCCAGCUGGUCCAGAUCCACGUCACCAUGGCGGAUUUAUACAAUCCAAAAAUGUUGAUAAAAAAAUCUAAAACUUCAAAAUGACAAUCAUAUCAAAAUAUUGAAUCCAAAAAAUGUGGAUUCAAAAUAUGAUAGCUAUAUCCAUUCAUGAAUAAUGACAUAUUUAGUCUGCUUAGACUUCUAGAGAGCUUGUAAACAUGCUCAAUUUGAGCUUUCCUUAUGUGUACUUUGAUACUGAAUUAAUAAGCAAGCUUUAUAAUAAAUUCAAAAAUAUUAAUAAUAAACAAAGAACUCUAUCAU